AAUAAGUAAUUAGAAUAACUUGAACAGAACGAGCUCUGAACCUUAUUUAAUGUAUUCAGUCGUAAAAAUAUUUAGACUCUAGAUUUGUUCCGAUUCGAUUUGGUCUUAGAUUGAUCAACCGCCCUAACUUUGUAAACUUGCGAACUUGCAGGUGGGGAUGUUCACUCCAAUAUAUACGAUCUGAUCCGCGUUUUCGGACAUCCAAAAUUUUUGAAUUCACAAAAUCUAUUCCAUGUCUGAUCCAGAAAUCUUCGAAUAUCUAGUUUCCAAUUUCUUAAAUUUUGGUUCAAAUCAAUGAAAUAUCCAAUUUGUAUUUUUAUUGUUCGAAUUCUUAUUUUUCUAAUUAUUCUAAGAAAACAUUUGGGAUGAAUUUUUAUUUUUGAAUAGUGGAGCUCAAAAUUAAUUUAAAAUUUAAAACUGAACGUGUUUGAAAUGUCAUAUUACUUUGAGAGUUUUAUUUAAGUCAUAAUUUUAUAAAUGUCUUGAAAAAAAAUAUUCACAUAAUAAACAAAUAUAACAUGACAAAAUGACUAAGAGUGCAAAACUUGGAUUGGGCUUUGAUUUAAUAAUUAUUGUGAUAAGAAUGAAUUAGUCUUAUUUUGGUUGAGUUUGGUUUUGUAUUUGUUUUUUUAAACUUAAAGUUUGGAUAUUUGUGGAUAUCCGAAAUUUUAAUAUUCUAUUCCAUAUUUAAUCUAGUUUUUCAAAUAUCUGAUUAGAAAUAUUUAAAAGCUAAAAUAUCAGAUUGGAUAUCCAUUUUUCGUAUCGAAUCAACCUGGAUCGUGGACAUAUUCUUUUGAUUGGGUCGAACCCUAAGUAGAUUUUUUGGAUUGGAUACUUUUGAACAUCCCUACGUGCACAUAUGAAACAAUUUUGGAAUGUUCGGGUUUUAUGCUAUCUCACGUCAUGUCACGUUAUAUUCAAAUGUUGCGGAAUACUUCGGGUCACAAGUCUAUCACACUUUAUCUCAUAUUAUUUGGGAUCAGGGCAAAACCUAACGAGUUCAAAUUUUUCUGCUUUGUUCCUUUCCAAUGUUAGCGAUAAAUUACAUAAUCAAAUGGGGAGACAAUUCAAGAAUUUAAUUUUUGAAAUAAAAACAUAAGAAUUGAUAUGAGUUAUUAAUUUCUGAACAUUACUUGAAAUAAUUUCGAAAUGGCACCAGAACAUUUUGAAACGGGGCAACGAGAACGAGAUUCACGCCCACUGAAAACAAGAAGGGAAACAAAACUCAUAAAGUAGUGGUGAAAGAAGUGAUCAAUAAUUCAAAAAAAAAAAAGAAAAGAAAAACUUACCCAAAAGAAAAACAGAGAAAAUUGGAUAAACCGUUGUCAGGUGGCCACGUAGGAUCCAACGCUUGUCUCCCUUUAUUUACUCCCUACAUAACCUUCAUCUUCCUCAAUUGUGCCCACCCCACACACUACAAUAAUCUCUAUAUUUAUUUAUAGAGUUAUUUAUUUAUCGCAAUAAUUCUAUGCUGCAUUUACAAUUUUGACUCGUAUUUAUUGAUCAAUAAAUUUCCGGGCGAUUAUCGAGAGGAUAUGGUCCCGCGGUGUGGAGGCAGCGGCCACGGCGGAGAUUCGCCGCCGAUUCCGUCCGCCGCUUACGGCGAGAUCAUGCUCUUCGGCGUGCGGGUGAAGGUGGACCCCCUGAGGAAGAGCGUCAGCCUGAACGACUUGUCGCAGUAUGAGCAGCCGUGUUACGGCAACUGCGAUCCGGCCAAAUCGGCCGCCGCCGCGGAAGAAGAAGGAUACGGUUCUGCGGACGAUGUCGCUCCUAACCUGUCUAGCUGCGGCGGCCGCGAGCGGAAGCGAGGAGUCCCAUGGACAGAGGAAGAGCACAAGCUGUUCCUGUUGGGAUUGCAGAAAGUUGGAAAGGGAGACUGGAGAGGAAUCUCAAGGCAUUUCGUGAAGAGUCGGACGCCCACGCAGGUGGCAAGCCACGCCCAGAAAUACUUCUUGAGGAGGAGCAACCUCAACCGCCGCCGCCGCCGGUCUAGCCUCUUCGAUAUCACCACCGACUCGGUGUCUCUAUAUUCAAUGGAGGAAGGAAAAGCUUCGAACGAAAGCUUGGGUCCUCAGGUUGUAACGCCCACAUCAGUACUGUCAAUUGGUGAACCAACCCUCCAAACCAAUGGCUUCCCACAGGCCCCUCCCUCUCCUAGGCUUUCAAUCACAGAGAAUCUGGACCCCACAUCUUUGUCCCUGAGUUUGUCCCUCCCUGGAGGUCACCACCAAUAUGGCCACACCCCUCCCUUCUUGGGCACCUCAGUCUUCAACAAUAAUGGGGGCAGUGGAAUCAGUGUCUUAUGACCCGAAAGAUCCGGACCGACCGAAUGACCGGGGCGGGUAGGACGUCGGGAAUUGCCCAGGUAACGUGGGUAAAAUUUACCAUUAUAACCCUACCGUGUAGUAGCGGGUAUUUUUACCACCGUUACCUGACACAUAUUUUCCCGGAGUCCUUGCGUACCCCCGUCAUAUGUUUACAUGUAUGAGGUAAUAACUGGGCUGAGCAAAAACUUUGCUGGGGUAUUUUGAUGUAUUGUACAGGGAGAGACAGACACAAGAAAUUUUUGCCAGGCCUUGCUGUACUUGUCUAAUGUUUUGUUCUUAUCUUAUAGAGUGCUCUUUAUAUUACUUCUUCUCUGCUUUUCCUAUGGUUGUAUUUGUUUACUUUGACUUUUUCGAGUUAAAUAGGAUAAACAUUAAUCAUCAGU